AAGAAGCUGCUCUGUUUGAGGUUUCUAAAUCAAGCCAGAAACUCUUGGAAACUUCUCACACCUCUAAGAAACCUUACCAUAAAGCAAAAACCCAUCUUUAUAAACGCAACAAUUCUUGGCCUUUUCUUUCCAAACUCUAAAACAGAAAACAAAAAUUAAGAAAUUUAAACAAUGGCUCUAGCUCGUUUGGCUUUGAGAAACCUUCAGCAAAAGUUGUCUCCUAAUUUGAUGGGUCAAUCUUGUGAAAGGAGUUUGCUCGGUAAUGGACAAAACCAGUGGACUCUGAACAGAUUCAUGGCUGCUUCAGCUGGUGAACAAGAGGAGAUGAAGAAAAAAGAAGUGAGUGUGUCUGAGAAGAAAUCUCCUCGACGGUUUUUUCCUCGAAGACGUGGUGGCCGGAGAAGUCUCUGGCGUAACACCGACGAUCAUGACUACUUUGCUCCCGCACUAAAUGAGUUAUUUCCUCCAAGUCUGGGAAACGCACUGAUGCAAGCAUCAGAAAACAUAAACAGGAUUUUCGACAACUUUGAGAUGAGACCAUCUCAGCUAAUGGGUCGAGUUAAAGAGCAAGACGAUUGUUACAAACUUAGGUAUGAGGUUCCAGGGCUAACCAAAGAUGACGUGAAGAUCACGGUGGAUAAUGGAAUCUUGAUGAUCAAAGGAGAACACAAGGCGGAGGAAGGAGAAGGAUCACCUGAAGAAGAAGAAUACUGGUCUUCGAAGAGUUACGGUUAUUACAACACGAGCUUGUCGUUGCCUGAUGAUGCCAAGGUUGAGGAAAUUAAGGCAGAGCUGAAGAACGGUGUGCUCAAUGUUGUGAUUCCUAGAACGGAGAAGCCAAACAAGAAUGUUCAGGAGAUUUCUGUUGAGUAGAGUCACUGUUUCGUUUUUGGGUGUUUGUUUUCCUGAUGGAAUAAGCCAUUAAGGAAUGGAUGUUGUAUCCCUUAAUGUUUUGUAUGUGAAUGGAAUAAAUGGCUAAACCCUAAAAAAGCCAAAAAUUCGCUAAAGACAAUGAAUAA